AUGAUACCUACUCACUUUACACUCAACACUGGCGCACAGAUCCCUGCCGUCGGCCUCGGCACCUGGAAAUCCGAACCUGGCGAAGUCACAAAUGCAGUAGCAUUUGCUCUCAAGAAUGGUUACCGCCACAUUGACGCUGCUCUAAUUUAUGGCAAUGAGAGUGAAGUUGGUCAGGGAAUCAAGAAGAGCGCAGUGCCCCGUUCAGAGAUCUUCAUUACCAGCAAGCUGUGGAACACGCACCAACCCAAUGUUAGGGAAGGUCUACAAAAGUCGCUCAGCGAUCUAGGCGUGGAUUAUCUCGACCUCUACCUUAUUCACUGGCCUGUUAGACUGGUGCCAAACGGUUCAAACGAGUUGCUACCAACAAAUCCCGAUGGAACUCGAUCCAUAGACCGAUCAUGGGACCAGGGUGAGACCUGGCGGCAGAUGGAGGAAGUCUACCGCGAAGGCAAAGUGCGAGCCAUUGGCGUCGCCAACUGGUCCAUACCCUACCUGGAGGAGCUUCGUAAGACCUGGACGGUCGUACCAGCCGUGAACCAAGUCGAGUUGCAUCCUUUCCUGCCUCAACAUAAACUACGAGAACACUGUAACUCGCUUGGAAUCUUGCUUGAGGCAUACUCGCCUCUUGGGUCUACUGGUGCUCCGAUCAUGUCCGAUCCGGAAAUCCAGAAGAUCGCUGAUCGAAAUGGCGUUUCACCAGCCACGAUUCUCAUCAGCUACCACGUGAACAAGGGCGUUGUGGCAGUUCCUAAGUCCGUCAGUGAGAAGCGCAUCUCCGACAACAAAAACGUGAUAUCCCUCUCAGAGGAGGAUUUAGGGCUGCUCGAUGGCCUAGCCGCCUCCGGCAAGGCCAAACGGAUCAACACGCCUCUAUGGGGCUUCGAUCUUGGCUUCGACGACUGGUACGGCCCCGCCAAGUAG